AUGUCCAACUUUCUCUCCCUUUUAGGGUGGUCCUUUCUGCCCAACUUCGUGACCGGCUGGACGCAGACCAUCUACUACUCCAUCACCAUACGCGCCGGCGACCCGCGCCCCCAGCCCGGCUCGGCCAAGUACAUCACGCACCGCCGCAGGAUCCACUUCCUCGUCGUGUCCCUCUACCUCCUCUACACGCUCUACGAGGCCGACCACGAGCUGCGCCGCGACGGCAGCUUCUACUCGGACCUCGGCCUGUCGACGCUCGCCCCGGAAGACCGCGAGAUCAAGUCACGCUUCCGCCGUCUCGCCGCCGUCCACCACCCCGACAAGUCCUCCGACGCCGACGGCGCCUCGCGCUUCAUCCACCUCAAGCUCGCCUCGGACACGCUCCUCAACCCGGCGGCGCGCUUCGCCUACGACCGCUUCGGCCCCGAGUCAUUGGCCUUGGCCGCAAGGGCCAGCAUCCCCCUCUUCAUUGCCUUUAACCAGCUCGGGCCCCUCAACGACGUCUUGCUCCACGGCCGGCCCGCGCCAACCCGACGGACGACGCCCCCCGCCCAAGAGAACCUGCACCAGGGCCUCGAGCGCCUCGACGCCCCUGGCCCACGGCCUCGACCCACGACGCCGCCAAGCUGCUGUCCAUGGAGAUGGGUGCCGUAUGCCGGCGACGCCGAGGCCCUCGGCUCCGUCCGCGCCAAGGUCAAGGACUGGCUGGUCCAGAACACGAUCCGCGCCGACCCCAUGGUCAAGGACGCCGUGGGCAACUCCAUCCGCAGGCGCCGCACCGACGCGCCCGCCGGUGCCAAGGGAACCAGGUAA